AUGCCUAAGAUCACGGAGAUUUUCUUUGACUGCGACAACACCCUCGUCCUCUCAGAAGAGUUGGCCUUCGAGGCGUGCGCCGACCUUGCCAAUGAGAUCCUUGAGAAGCAGGGCAUCACCGUCCGCUACACCGGCGAGCAGCUGAUCCAAGACUUUGUCGGCCAGAACUUCCGUGGCAUGAUGCAAUCUCUCCAGGCAAAGUUCAAGUUCGAACUCUCCCAGGAGGAACUUGAGGGAUAUGUCACCAAGGAGGAGGACAAGGUCAUUGCCAAGCUGCUCGAGAAAGCCCAGCCCUGUGUUGGCGCCAGCGAGCAGGUUGAGAAGCUCUUCGAGGAGAAGAAGUACGAUCUUGCUGUUGUCUCGUCCUCUGCCCUUCGCCGUGUCCGCGCUUCUCUCCAGAAGGUUGGACAGGACAAGUACUUUGACCACGACAAGAUUUUCAGUGCCGCCACCUCCCUCCCUAAGCCUACUUCCAAGCCCGACCCCGCUAUCUAUCUCCAUGCGCUCAAGGAGUGCGGGAAGACAGCCGAAGAAACCGUCGCCGUCGAGGACAGUGUUUCCGGUGCCCUCAGCGCCAUCCGCGCCAACAUCUUUGUCAUUGGCUACGUCGGAAGCUACCACGGCCAGGAGAAGCAGGCCGAGAUGUCACAACGUCUCACCGACCUUGGCGCUCAUGUCAUUAUGAAAGACUGGAGCGAAUUUCCCAAGUGCCUCCAGGAGAUCGAGAGCCGGCCCAUCUCUCCCUCCCUGUGA